CGCAGGCGCAGUGUUGUGCAUGCGGGCGGGUUGAAACGAUGACAAGAUGGCGACAGCAAUGUACCUGGAGCAUUACCUGGACAGUAUUGAGAACCUUCCUUGUGAGCUUCAGCGGAUCUUCCAUUUGAUGCGGGACCUGGAUCAAAGAACUGAAGAUAAGAAGGUAGAGAUCGACAAAUUGGCAACUGAAUAUAUUUCAAACGUCAAGAGCCUGUCUUCAGAUCAACGAGUGGAUCAUCUAAAGAAGAUUCAGCUAGCCUACAAUAAAUGCAGAGAAUAUAGUGAUGACAAAGUACAGCUAGCAAUGGAAACAUAUGAAAUGGUUGAUAAACACAUCAGGCGGCUGGAUGCCGAACUGGCCAGGUUUGAAGCUGACCUGAAGGAAAAGUUGGAAUCAAGUGACUAUGAGAACUCGGGAGGUAGUAAGAAAGGCAGAGGGCAAAAAGACAAGAGGAGCUCUAGAGGCCGUGGCAGACGUGGAGCUGAUGAUGAUGUUCCAAAGAAGAAGAAGCAGAAAGUGGGGGCAGAAUACUCUGACUCCAUUCUGAAGAUGCACCCAUCUGAUGUUUUGGAUAUGCCAGUUGACCCCAAUGAACCCACCUAUUGUUUGUGUCAUCAAGUUUCUUACGGAGAAAUGAUUGGCUGCGAUAACCCAGAUUGCCCAAUUGAGUGGUUUCACUUUGCCUGUGUGGACCUCGCGACAAAACCAAAGGGGAAAUGGUUCUGCCCACGAUGUACCCAAGAAAGGAAAAAGAAAUGAAACUAGAACCUGCUUAUUGGCUUGGACAUCUGUGCUUUUUGUUCAAAGUUUUGCAAUUUUAUAUAAUUUCCAUAAAUUUGUUACCCAGCUGAGAGGGUAUUAUGGGGGUACUUUGAGUUAUUUCAUUCCUACAGCUGGUUUAAUUAAAAUCAUUGAGAUUUUCAUCAUGGAAUUUCCAUGUAAACAAAGUUUAUUUGGACAUUGAAGGUUUCUAUAACUGACUAAGCUAGGAUACACAAUUGGACCACAGUAGUUCCCGAUUCAUGAGAUCCAUUCCGGGGUCAACUGAGUGUGAAUGGGAAUGAUGUGUGAAAAUAUAUAGGGAUUUUUGUUGGAAUUAGAGAACAAAGAGCUAUUGUAGAAAUUCAUAUUUUUAAAUAAUCAAUUCAUUAAAGUGACAGCAAUAAGCAUUGGGUUCAGGGAAUUGUUUAAUCCCCUACACCUUACUGAUACCAGAGCAUUGAAGCUGGGUGCACAAAGCUCUGUUCUGCCAAAGGAGAAAUAAUAUUGUGGGUCUCUGUACAUUGAAGGUAACAUUAACCAAAGCAGCCAUUGCUCUCUCUGGUCCCAGGAAGGCAUCAGAUAUGCAGCUCAUUUGCAGAUAAGCAGAUUGCACAUGGAUGCAACAGUUGCUGUGGAUUUGAUGUUACCUAAUAUUAAAGCUGCUUCAGGAAAGAAAAUAUGCUUGCAAAUAUUAGUAUGAACAGGGAUUUGAUCAUUAGUGGGGGUGCACUGAUUUCUGAAAUGUUAUGAUUGUGAUAGUGAGAGAAAAACCUUUAUACUUUGACAAAAUAUGUUUUAAGAAAACAGGAAUGUCAAUUUAUUGUGCAAUAUUGUGGUUCGUAGAAUCAUUUGAUAUUUUCAUAAAGGAUUAUCCAGUGAAAGAAUUAUGUGGCAGGGUUUACAGACUCCUGGAGGUAUUUCAUUGACAUUGUAAUUUGUAAACCAAAGAGUCCACGUUUCAAGAAUGUGAUAUUUUAAACCACUGCUGUCAGUGUAUAUACCUUAUACUACUUGUUUUGUGAUAUUAUAUGUAGAUAUAUACUUAUAUAUAAACAUUUGAAUAGUUUUGAUAAUUCUUAACCCUAUUUAGUAUUGAAGGAAGACCUUAAAACCAAAAUGAAAUAAACCAAUUUUUCCUGUUGAACACAGAUAUGAACUCCGGCUCACAGUGAAUAAACAGUAAUAUAAUGUAGCAGUGGAGUUAACUUGCAGAAAUAUGUGUAUAGAUGUUCUUUGCUUAUCUAGCUUUUUGCAAGUGAAUGAUAAAUCUGUCAGUCAAUUGGACAUGGCCUUCCACUUCCAGUUGUUUUUGAUCAAUCGAGUGCCUUUCAUGUGGAAACUUGGCAUUUCCAGAAGAAUCUAGAAAUUAUACUCCUGAAAAAGCUACAUAUUUAACUCCUGUUUGCUAAAUAUGGUUCACCAAUUUUUAUCGUACGGAGGGCACCCUGCUUAAGUCUGUGGGUCAUGGAAGGGUAAAAUAAAAUUGAGGCUGUGGGGUUAUCAUUUGCUUGCAGGACUGUGGCUAUAAUUUAACCAGCAAAAACUCUACAUCAUUUAGAAACUCUUUACUCCCCAUUUGGCUGGUAAUACUCCACCCAUUAACCAUAUGGAUUGUGAAAGCUGUACUGGGUUGCUUCAGAUUCUAGCUGAUUAUUUCACAAAUGGCACUUUAUAAUGAAACACACCUUUCCUGCAUCAUGUCAGAUUAUCAAGACUGUUAGGGGGAGUAGUCUUUCUUUUAAUAGUCUUCCAGAAGGCAAAAAAAUAUAAGAACCCAUACUAAUCAGGCAUGGCAGAGUCUCUGAGCAUUGCAUAGGGUAUCCAUUCUAGGAAAAAGUUUCUCCAAACCAGAAAUGAAGAAGUGAUGCUGUUGCCUGCAAUUCCUGUUUAACUGGUUACUUAAGUAAUAUCACAUCAGAACUACAUUGUACGAAUUUAAUCCUGCAGAUUAUUUGUAUGAUUUGGUUGGAAAAUUGCUUUGGCCUAAAACUCAAUUCCAGAGCUUGUUGACAUUGACUUCACAUUGAACAUAGAUACUGAUGACUCCAUCCCCACCCUUACUAUUGUGUAUGGUUCGGAGCAGCGUACCACAAAGAAUGCUGCUGAGAAGAGAAACUAUUUUGGUCACACAAAGGAAGGUACUCAAUAACGUGGCAAAAAAUAGCAAAAGCUAAUGCUGUAUGCCUAGAAAGGUGGUUAUUGUGGGAUUCAGUUCAGAGAAUUAUUUACUUAAUGCACAGUACUGAUGAUGUAUGAAAAUAUGCCAAAGAGUAGUAGUAUUAGAAGCCAAUAAUGGAAGUAAUCAGAACAGGUAUCAAGAAGAACAUAUUAUUGAACGGUGAUUAUAAAAAUAUUGGACACUCUACAGCCACAUAUGUAAGAGAAAUAAAUUAGAAAUAAUUUGAGUUUCUACUGAUCUUGGAAAAUAUCUCGGGUGGGUGAAAUGGCUUCCUCAUCCCUGAUUUUUAAUGAUUUCAUAAACACUAGUGAUAAUGUAAUUUUUAUUUUGGAUUUUAUUAAUCAUUAUUGUUAAAUUUCUUUAAAUGAGUCCAUGUUUUAAUGCUUACUGUUGAUAAAGUCAGCAGAACAUUGGUUUCACUUUUCCAGUGAAUAUCCCCAGUUAACUGAAGAACAGUGAGAUACUGAUACACAGUCAACAUCUACCCAUCUUUUUCACAGAGUAAUUUCAAUCUCAAAACAUUUAUCUGGCCACUGAUUCCAUAUUCAUUUAUUCUUUUUAGCCACUCAGUACUUUCACCUCUGAUAUCUGUGUCUAAGUCUGAAAUGCCCACUUGAACAGAUAUGUCUGUAAACCUGAAGGUGUACUUUCAGGACAAAUUUAAAAAAUUAAAUCCUAAUUCUGUUGAUGAUUUGUAACCAACUGUUGUCUGAUUCAGUUGGAGUGGGCAUCUGUUUAGAUAACAAAAUGUCUUGAGAGGUUCCAGUGUUUGGGUAAGUUGGCAAUGUCAUGUUUGAAUGCCAUUUUAUUUUUAAACAAUUUUUACCCUUCUAUUUGGAAUGAAAUUCAGCUCCUGUUAGAGAUGAUUGAUGUUCUCAAUCUAAUAUAUUUCUAAACCACAAUUAAAUUUGAGAAAUUUAUAUAUAGUAACUGUAAGCUUGAAUUCUAUUUUUCUUACUUUCAGAAUGUGACAUUACUCUUAACUAUGCUUCUCUUGGAGUCAUAGAAUUAUUUAGAAUAGCCACUCUAUGCUGUUCUCAAGCCAGUUCCUUUUCUUCCAACUUCCUAGUAUGCUUAGCGAGCUUCCCCAUUAAUACAUCCAGCAGAUCCACAGCCAAUAAUGAUGGUCCCACAUUCUCACUACUCUUAAGGAGAGAUUUUUUUAUUAACUGAAUUCCUUAUUUAUUGUUGAUAUGUACUUCACAUCAAUGGCUUUCAAUCGUGCUCUCUGUUACCAUGAAAUCCCCUUUUAAUUUUUCUUUUUCAAAAUGUGCGCAUUAGUGUCAGUAGCCAACCAUUCAGAAAAUGACCACCUUAUAAAUCCAUUCUUAUUAGUUUCAGGCUAUGUGUUCACAUAGCAGUACAGCAAUGACAAUAUAUAUUAUUUUUCUCAUUAUCCUAUAAUAGGUUUCUCACUUAGACUUUAAAGUUUUGUAUAAGGGAAGAAGACCUUUAUGGAAAACUAGAAAACUCAUAGACAAGUCUAAAAGCACUUUAAUAAGUAAGAAAAUUAUUCACAAACUCUUUGUCAUCUGUUUGGUUUGUAGACAGUAUUUGGUAUGAAAACAAGAUUAGCAGGAUUAACUGUGAUGGGCUUUUAAUUAAUCUUUAAGAUUACAUAGUUUGAAGAAAAUGCUUUAGCCAUGAAGGUUGCAUUGUUAGACUAUAGCCAGUGUGGCAGAGAUGCUGUCUGUCCUGUGAGCUGUUUGCCUGUACAGAUCAGUUUGUUUGAGAUGGAUAAAUAUUUUUUUGGGUCUGGAAUGUCAUUUAGAAGAAAUAUGUCUGAGUUAAGCUAUCAACACUGGUCUCCUUAUCUACUGUAUAGAGUUGCUCUAAAUACCUUUAAUGUGUGGAUUAUAGAUGAAAAAUAAAUGAUUGUGAACUUUUGGAAAAAAAUGUAUAUUUGUAUUUUUAGAUGUAAUGCUGUCAAAAUAAAGUAUUUUUGGAAAAUG